UUUGCGACACCUGCCGUAAAACCCGCCAGAAGAUUGAAUUAAACUUUAUUGACACCCAGCUUUUAAACAAAUACAGUGUCCUUCACUCUGUACUUUUGCUGCGUUAGAGCUUCGAAUCGGCGUUGGUUUGACAGGAAAGCGCUCAUUGUGGACCAUGGCGGCAAAGAUGUUCCCUCUGAUCAAACUGGCCACAAAGGUGACAAUUGCAGGGGGGGCUGUUUACGUCGCCUAUGAUUCUGGGCUCCUGGGCAGCGGUGAGCAGGGCUCUGAGGCCCUGGGACGAGCCAGAGCAGCCAUACCACCCGCUGUGGAGGAGUGGAUGAAGUACUUUGGCUUGGAGGCUCAACUCCCAACAGUACCCAAGGUUGAAUUCUCUCCUGUCCAAGCUUGGAACUCUGGAGUGCGGUGGUCCAUUUCAACUCUGUCAGAUGCUCCAAGGAAAGCAGCUGAAUAUUCUAGUCAGGGCUUGCAAUAUUUUAAAGACCUCACCAAGUGAACAAAGCAGAUUAGUAGUUUAUUAUUCAUCUUUAAGAUGUUGCACUCAACUGACAUGUCCUCAAUGCCUAUGGAAGAAACAUCCAACAUGACCUUAUUAUAUUCAGGUUUGUUCUACUAAAGAGAUUCUGGUUCUGUCAAAGAA